CCUCCAAACCAUAUACUCUAUGUUGAAAAACUAAUCAAACCCCACCACCAUCCAUCCAUCUCCUCUCUCUUCAAUGCUCCAAUUGUGCAAAUGUCAUUCUGACAAGCAAACUCAUCAAAUACCCACCUCCACUCUUCCCCUGAAAAUGGACAACGCUCUGUUUCUCAUUUUUCUCCUCCUCCAAACAUUCUCAAAAGUUUCAAGUUUGGACCUCGGUGUUAGCAUCGGCAUUGGUGGCGGAGGCGGCGGAGGUGUAUGGAUUGGUGGAGGAAUCAGCAGCCCAACAGCCCCAUCUGGGACUUCAUCAUCUUCAAAUCUCAAGAAUGUCUACAUUGCUCUACAGACAUGGAAAUCAUCAAUUACAGAUGACCCACAAAGGGUUUUAGAGACAUGGGUUGGGUCAAAUGUGUGUUCUUACAAAGGGAUCUUCUGUGCAGAUCUUCAAAAUGAGUUUCAUGAGCUAAGAACAGCCAUUGUUGGGAUAGAUCUGAACUCUGCAAAUCUCCAAGGCACACUUGUCAAAGAACUCUCUUUCCUCACUGAUCUAUCUCUUCUUCACUUAAACAGUAAUAGAUUCACAGGCACAAUCCCAAACACUUUCCAAUACCUCUCAUCACUCAAAGAGUUAGACCUAAGCAACAACCACUUCUCUGGCCCAUUCCCAACCCCAACUCUGUUCAUCCCUAACCUCCUCUACCUAGACCUCAGAUUCAACAAUUUUUCAGGACCCAUUCCUGAAUCCCUCUUCGACGCAAGAUUUGAUGCAAUCUUUCUCAACAACAACAAUUUUGAUGGUCCAUUGCCUUCUAAUUUGGGGAAUUCACUAGCCUCUGUGAUCAAUUUGGCAAACAACAAGUUUACUGGUUCAAUCCCAUUCAGUUUUGGCCUAAUGGAUAGUCCUAAAUUGAAGGAAAUUCUGUUUCUGAACAACCAAUUGAGUGGUUGUAUUCCUGAGGGGAUUGGGUUGUGGCAAGGCUUGCAGGUUUUGGAUUUGAGCUUCAAUUCACUGAUGGGUCAGUUGCCAGACUCUUUGUCCUGUUUGACUGAAAUUGAAAUUCUCAACUUGGCACACAACAGGUUUUAUGGGGAGGUGCCAGAUUUGGUUUGCUCAUCACUGAGAGGGCUGAGGAAUUUGAGUUUGGCUGUCAAUUUCUUUUCUGGGUUCAGCCAAGAAUGUGAUAAGUUGGUGUUUAGGAAUGUGGGUUUUGAUUUCUCUUUGAAUUGUAUCCCUGGGAGGGGUAUGCAGAGGCCUGAACCAGAGUGCUCUGUGAUCCCUGGUGGUGGGUUGAGUUGCCUUAGAAUUCCUGCUUUGAGUCCUCUUGUUUGUGGGACAUUGUUUGAAACUCAAGAGACCAGUCUUAGCCCUCCUCCUCCAUGAGAGAGAGACAGCCACGAGAGGGGGUAUAGGCUGGGAUUCUCUGUCUCCAAAUCUUUAUCCUCUGUCUCUAAGUAUCCACUGUUAUUGGAUUGUGUUUUGAGAUUUCUGCAUUUGGAGAUUCUCACACUAAAUGUUUUGGGACUGAAGGGUUGGUGAGAUUUGGAGACAAAAGAUUUUUGACGGAAUCUUCUAUCUCCAAAUCUCUUUCUGUCUCAAAAUAUUUAUAAUUAAAUCGUGUAUUAUUUUUUUUGUGUUUCGAUAAUUUUAGUGAUUAAUGAUGUUGAAUAUUUUGAGAUCGAGGGAUAAAAGGUUCUGAAAACAGUAGAUAUGGCAGUCAGUUAUGACUCAGCGCGCUUUCUAAUUUGUUUAUAUGUGUGUUGUAUGGAUAAGGCAUGUCCAGAAAGCAAUAUUAAUGGAUUUAUUUUAGUAUGCUCUGUUCAA